AUGGCGAUCCCCACAUCGAAAGACGAAGACCUCCUCGACGAUGAGCAAGCCCCUGCUGUCGCUGCUGCGCAAGACCAAGAGCUUGUGGCAGGUAGUGAUGCAGGAACGGUUGCUCCGAGCAAGAAGAAGAAGAAGAAGAAGAAGAAAAAGAAGUCUCCGCAGCAAAACAACCAGCUCGCGCAAGUCCAGGUCUACGAGACGAUCAAGGACCUGGACACCUUCAAGGUCACCGAGGACAGCGUUUCUGGUCGAUGUGUGAUUGCCUCCAGGGACCUCAAGGCGGGGGAAUUGGUCCUGCGCGAACCUCCGUUCGUCAAGGUUGUGCGUCGCGACUGUGCUUCCCGGCAGUGUGCCUACUGCUGUCAGCAAGUCACCGAGCGGGGAAAGAUCGAAGCAGACGUGCCGUUCGCGGUCUACUGCAGUCGCGCAUGCCAGGCCCGGGAGGACGCCCUUCGCGCGGCAGAAGCUAGCGCUCUCGGCAAGCUUGCCGGUAUCAGCGCCGCGAGGGACGUGGACAUUGACCUACUCCGAAUGCUCCUUCGGCUGCUGAUCACGAGGGCGAAAGCGCUUGGUCUGCGUGAACCGAGUGGCGACAGCGAUAGCGUUAGCCGAGGCGUAGACGAGGAAGGCGAGGAUGGCACGAUGGGGGAGGGCUUGUUCCUGCGUCAACAGUGGGAAAACCUGUACGCUCUCAUGCACCACCGGGAGGCCAUGGCUCCGGAUUGGAUCUCAGUCGUACGGGAAGCGGGGGAGGAUUUGCUGCAACUUUUGCCGGAGUGGGUCCGCUUCGACGUGGAGGAAGUGGUGCAGCUGGCCUGCCGAGUCAACGUGAACGCCCACGGCUUGAGGGACGACUCGGGCGCGAAUCUCGUGAUCGGCGUGGGGAUGUUCCCGCUGACGGCCAUGAUUAAUCAUGCGUGCAGGCCUAACUGCACGUUCGUGUACUUCGGUGGAAAUCUGGAGGUCCGCACGCUGGAGCCGGUGUCUGCCGGGGCAGAGCUAAGCGUGUACUACAUCGACCUGCUUCAAAGCACCGCCGCGAGACGGCAAGAGCUUCUCACGUCGAAGCACUUCCUGUGCAAAUGCUCCAGGUGCGAGAAUCCCUCGAGUAUGGACGACUACCUCGAUGGAGUGUGUUGCACCGACUGCGGAGAGAGGGGCUGCCUCACGCCCACCCCCCCGCCAAGCGCGGAAGACAUCCUGGCGGCCCAAUUGGCACAACUCGGCGAGGGCUUGGCCGACGAGUCCGCGGCUAACGGGAGCGGGAUGCCGCUAUGGCGGUCGUUAGAGCGAAAAGUUUUUCUUUGGCCAGAAAGUCUCUUGAAAAGUGGCUCCAGGACUACGAUGCAGGAGGCCACCGAGCUUGGUGCUGCCGCGAGAGUCAGCAAGCACGAUAUAGGGAAAAAAACAGUCGCGACAACCAUGUACGAACAGCUUUCGGCAGUCUUAUCCUCUUCUCCGCGCGGCACCAGGCACUUGCGACGGGCUGUGUCGGCUAUGGAGGCGGUGUACCCGGCCAAUUUCCCCGAGCUCGGAGACUUUCACGCCGCACUGGCAGACGCGAACGACGCCUUGCUACAGAAACGCGGCCAAACCUUGCCCAAGAAGUCGAGGAGCCAGGCGGUUAGCGAACGAAAGCAGGCGCUGGAGAGAGCGGCGACGAUUAGAUCGGUCUGUUUGGGAAAAGACCACCCAGCCACGAGAGAAGCAGCUAGAGCGUUGGAUCGAGUCACCGGGUGACGGUAUGACGCGCACUCGUGAUGGUGACUACAGUUGUUGGGUGGAGAGCAACCACGACCUUGACAUACAACCUGGUACGGGAGUAAUGCACAACGCUCAGAGGGAGAGACUUGACAAAAGUGCAGCAUGACGAAAGUGCGGCAUGAUGUACUUGUUGCUUGUUCCUUCCUUUUGGUGCCUCAUGGAGUUGGCCAGACUUCGGCGAUAGCGUUAUGGUUCUGUGGGGUCGUCGGGUUGCGCGUAGCACUUCUCUGAUUGGUUGGCGAAUUUUCCGUCGUAGAUGAGGUUCUUCGUGUUCGCUGAUUGGUUGGACUAUUCACCGUCGUAGAUGGGGUGCUUCGUGCUCGCUGAUUGCUCGGAAUUUUCACGAUCGUAGAUGAGGUGCUUCGUGCGCGCUGAUUGGUAGGAGUAACUCCGUCGUAGAUGAGGUGCUUCCUUCGCGCCGGUGCGGGCCGAAACGGCCAGAACAACGGCGUCGGCGACGGCCAUUGCUUUGCUUCUCUCGCG